AGCUUAUCUUUUAAUUGGGAAGAAAACGCUAUACAGACGACAAGCGUGAAGCGAACUUGGAUAGUGUGGUUUGGUGUGGGCUUGUUGAAAAAUCUAGAAAAUACUUUAAAAAUGGCUGGACAUGACCCGGAGAAGUUUGAUGGCAUGUUUCUCGCUAUGUGUCAGCGCUCCGAGAAAGGAAUUGACGAGCUCCUCGACUGUUUGUUCAGUUUCCUGGUCAGGAAGACGGAUUACUACACCGGCGGAUCACCAGGGCAGGCUGAACGGAUGUUGAUGGAACAUUUUAAAAAGUAUGAAAAGAUAGCAGUAAAACAAAAAGAGGAGGCAAAGAAAGAACGAGAAGAACAAGAGAGAAAGCGACAGGAAAAGAUUGCAAAGAGAAAAGCUGAGGAAGAAGCGGAAAUGGAGAGGCUGCGAAAGGAAGAGGAGGAGCCCAAAAUAAAGGAGAUAACAGACGAGGAGGCCGAAAAGAUACAGAAAGAACUCGAAAAGGUAAUAACAGACAAGGAGACCAAAAAGAUACAGAAAGAACUCGUAAAGGUAAUAACAGACGAGGAGGCCGAAAAGAUACAGAAAGAACUCGAAAAGGUAAUAAGAGACAAGGAGGCCGAAAAGAUACAGAAAGAACUCGAAAAGGUAAUAACAGACAAGGAGGCCGAAAAGAUACAGAAAGAACUCGAAAAGAAGAAGGAGACCCCUGCUGCGGAUCCGGAACCAUCCGAGGAAAAGACGGAUGAGAAAUCCAAGGAAAAUGGAGACAAAGAUAAGUCUGAUGAGGAGGAUGAGGCAGACAAAGGAAAAGUCAGUCCAAAUGCUGGAAACGGAGGAGACAUGCCAAACUACCGCUGGAGUCAGACUCUGGAGGAGAUCGAGUGUCAGUGCUGGUUCGAUAUUAAGUUUCCCAUCAAAUCCAAAGAUUGUGUUGUGGAAAUUGGUAGAAAGCACUUGAAAGUUGGUCUCAAAGGCCAUCCUCCGAUAAUGGACGGGGAAACUUUUAACGAAAUUAAAGUGGAGGAAUCGACAUGGACAAUAGAUAAUAAAAAAUACAUUACUUUGAACAUAGAGAAGGUGAACAGAAUGGAAUGGUGGAACAGAUUGAUUAUGACAGAUCCAGAAAUCAACACAAAAAAAGUCAAUCCAGAACCAUCCAAGCUCUCUGACCUCGAGGGAGACACACGCGGGCUUGUGGAGAAAAUGAUGUACGACCAGAGGCAGCGUGAAAUGGGUCUGCCUACAUCAGAAGACCAGAAAAAACAGGAAAUCCUUGGAAAAUUUAUGAAGCAACACCCCGAGAUGGACUUCUCCAAGUGUAAAUUUAACUAGAGCUCUCAGUACAGUAAAUAUAUGUCAUGUGAUUUCAUUGACAAAACACCCAGUUGGAGGAAAGUGAACUAGUGUGAACAACAAUGAACAACAGAUAAAAUUUCACGAGAGUUGACACUGAAAACCGGUACUGGGUAAAUUUGCUUAGAGUGGACGUGUUUUUCAUGGAGGACCAUUUUGUGAAUUUUAUACUCAUAGAUAUGUGAUUUUGUUUUUAUUUUCUCUAAAGGGAUAGAAUUAUAAAACUUAUUUGUAUUGAUUUUGACAGAAUUAUGAAACAGAAUUCUAUUGAUUUUCAUAGAAUUAUGAAAAUGAAUUAUAUUGAUUUUGACAGUCAUCACAUUCCUGCAUGUUCUAGAUAAACAUUAUUACUAGAACAUAACAUCAUAUUUUACAUUAUUACAAUGAAAAAAAAAACAAGAUGGAACCAAUUAAAUGAUGUCAUGAACAGUAA